AUGCAUGAUAAUUCGUUUGAUUGGUUUCAGCCUCAGAUCUUCACCCUCACGAAUUUGAGCGGAGUGAAACCGAGGCAGGAUCUCGGUCAAAAUGGAGUCGAGGAUAUGAUUCAAUUGACACGUACACCGGCAGCAUUUUGGUAGCGGUGAACCCUUACAAAAUGUUCGACAUUUACGGGCUGGAUCAAGUGAAACUCUACGAGGGACGAAUACUUGGCACGCUGCCUCCUCAUCUGUUCGCCGUGGGCUCGUCGGCGUACAGUCAGGUAACUGCGGCGAACAACGCCAGCGCGAAUCAAGUGGUCGUCAUUUCCGGUGAGUCCGGUUCGGGAAAAACGGAAUCCACGAAACUUGUAAUGCAGUAUCUAGCCGCGGUGAAUCGCGCGCCGAAUAAUCUCGUCACCGAGCAAAUUCUCGAGGCGACGCCCCUGCUGGAAAGCUUCGGCAACGCGAAAACUCCGAGGAACGACAACAGCAGCAGAUUUGGAAAGUAUUUGGAAAUUUCGUUCAAUCAUAAUUCGCCAAUUAUUUUCAGCGGUGUGAUAAUAGGGGGAAGGAUAACGCAGUAUCUGCUCGAGAAAAGUAGGAUAGUCACGCAAGCGCCAGAGGAAAGGAACUAUCACGUGUUUUACGAGCUGCUGGCUGGUCUCGAUCAGCAACUCAGGGACAAGUACGGAUUGCUGACGCCGGACAAAUACUUUUAUCUGAACCAGGGUGGGAAUUGCGAGAUCGACGGGAAGAGCGACACUCAGGACUUCAAAGCCCUGCUCUCGGCCAUGCAAGUGCUGGGAUUCACGUCCGAGGAGCAGGACACGAUCUUCAAAAUCCUCGCCAGCGUGUUGCACCUCGGGAACGUGUACUUUCACCGGAAGCAGAUGAGACACGGCCAGGAGGGCGUGGAGGUCGGCUCCGACGCCGAAAUUCGCUGGGCUGCUCAUCUCCUUCAAGUGAAUUCCGAUGGAAUCAUCAGGGCACUCACCACCAAAACGACAGAAGCAAGAAACGAGAGAGUUUUCACGGCGCUGAAUAUCGACCAGGCUCUGGAUGCCAGGGAUGCGUUCGCCAAGGCUCUGUACAGUUCCCUGUUCUCCUGGCUGGUCGCUCGUAUCAAUCACAUCGUCUACAAAGGGACGAAACAGACGGCCGCGAUCUCGAUACUCGAUAUAUUCGGCUUCGAGAACUUCGCGGAGAACAGCCUCGAGCAACUGUGCAUCAAUUACGCCAACGAGAACCUUCAGUUCUACUUCAACAAGCACAUAUUCAAGCUGGAGCAGCAGGAAUACGCCAAGGAGAAGAUCGACUGGACGACCAUCAAUUACACGGACAAUUUGCCGGUGAUACACCUGAUAGCGAAGAAGCCAGUGGGUAUUCUGCAUCUGCUCGACGACGAGAGCAACUUCCCAAAGGCGACCGAUCUCUCGUUCUUGGAAAAGUGCCAUUACAAUCACGCCCUGAGCGAGUUGUACUCGAGGCCGAGGAUGAAUUCCGCCGAGUUCGCGAUCAAACACUACGCCGGGCAAGUUUGGUACAACGUCGAGGGUUUCCUCGAUAAAAACAGAGACACGCUGAGACCGGACGUCGUGGAGCUAUUGAUUAGCAGUAAAAUAUCCGUGAGUGUCUUUGCCUUUUUUCCCUUUUUCUCGAUUACGUUGAAAGGCUCCAAACAAAGUUCCUUUGAUCGACGAUUCGCUUGCUUCUUGCAGAUGGUCAGCAAAAUGUUCCAGCACGUGAGGACGGCUCACGAGGCCAAUAAAACCAUGAACAAACCGAACGGCAGAUUCGUCACCAUGAAGCCAAGGACGCCGACCGUGUCUGCCAGAUUCCACGACAGUCUGCAGCAACUGUUGGACUCUAUGUCUCAAUGCAAUCCAUGGUUCGUGCGAUGCAUCAAGCCAAACACGGAGAAGGCGCCGAUGAAAUUCGACAUGCCGUGCGUGCUGGAGCAGUUACGUUACACGGGGAUGCUGGAGACGAUUCGGAUUCGGAAAACUGGUUACCCGGUCCGGCUGCUUUUCGGACACUUCGUGGACCGAUAUCGGUACCUGGUUUCCACGCAUCUGCCGAGAGGUGCGCCGAACAAGGAGCUCUGCCGCUUAAUUUUGGACAAAGCCGCGCCGAAGGACGCGCAGUCCCAGUAUCAGCUCGGACUCACCAGGGUGUUCCUCAGGGAAUCACUGGAGAGAACACUGGAGUACAACAGGGCGCUGAUCUUGGAGAGGGCAGCCAUAACCGUCCAGAGGUACACGAGAGGAUUCCUCGCGAGAAGAAUGUUCCUCAACAUCGCACGAAGCACGGUGCUGAUCCAAGCUGUUUACCGCGGCUACCGCGAGAGGAAGAAGUUCAACGCGUUGAGGAGAGGCGUGCUGAUGGCGCAGAAGAUGUACAGGGGGAAGAAGCAGCGUGAGAAAUUCAAGGUGCUGAAAGAGGAGAUGGCGAAGAGAGCGGAGAUCGAGCGUGCGAGUAAGGAACGAGCCAAAGCGAAGCAGCAGAGAGAGGAGCAGGAAAGAACGUCCAGAGCUGUGGCCGGUGUUAAUCAUCUAGAAAUCCCUGCCGAGCUCGCUUUCAUUUACAGCAAACUCGACGAAGUUGACCCUUGGCUUAACUUCCGUGUCAAAGAUAAUACAAAUAAUUCCACUCGAAACACGUUGAACAAUCACGACACGUCCCCGGUCGUUGCAGAUUGGCAGCCCACGCAUACAGAGAGGAACCUUCUGAAAGUGGUCGGCCAAGUGAUACCCAUGCACCAUAAUUACGGUCUGCCGAACGACAUCGAUCAACAUCAAUUCUCCAAGUUCACCAACAUUUACUUCAAGAGCCACAUCUUCGGCAUGAAACGGGAACCGAUAAAGACGCCGUUCCUGGCGAAGGCCCGCGACCAGGAUUACACCGACUCGUUGAUGAUCUUCAAAAUGAUCCUGCGUUUUAUGAACGAGAACAACCUGAGCGGCAAGAGGGAACAGGCGCUGGGCGACUACAUCGUCAACAAGGGGAUCGUCAACGAGAAACUGAGGGACGAGAUCCUUUGCCAGCUGGCCAACCAAACGUGGAAGAACGAGAACGACGCUAACAAAGAGAGAGGCUGGCUACUGCUGUCCAACUGUUUGUCCGCCUUUCAACCCAGUUCCACUUUGUUCAAGUAUUUCCUCAAGUACGUGUCCGAUCACGCGUACGACGGCUACAAAGCUUACUGCCAGAGGAAGCUUCUCCAGGGGGAGAGGACGGUAUUCAGAGUAACGAGCAACAACAACCAGCAAAUUGUUGUCCAUCACGUACCGAGAAACUAUCCGCCGUGCGUGUUGGAGUGGAGAGCCAACAGGAAUCGCGUGAACAUGGCCCUGAGCGUAGGAUUUUACGACGAAGACGUUUGUGAUGAUCGCCGAUUAUUUCCAGGCGAGACGGUGACCUGCGCAGUGGACUCUUGGACGACUUGCGAGGAAUUAGCCAACCUGGCUGUUCACAAUCACGGUGUCGAUAAUUCAGGAUGGACGAUCACUUUGUGGAACCAAUUGGACGGCCCGGACGCAAUCGUGACGGAAACCAAUGGUUUCGACUACGUUCUCGACUUAAUUUCAGAGUUGGAACUAGCGCCAGCGUUCCCCGCUGCUAAACACAUGUUCCUCGAGCAACGAAAGAACAGUUUCCCCCCGAUCAAGAAGCGUGAAGUGAGUGUUUGCGAAUGUCCUUCUCAGUAUUCGGUCCACUUCAGCACCGGAUCGGUGGCGCACGCGCACAUAAUUCGCGAGCUGGAGCAGGAAAUAGAGCCACCGGUUCUAAAAACGUUCCAGCCCCUCGAGCGGAAACCAGUACCGAAGGUUAUGGACAAACCUGUCGAACCAGAAAUUCAAUCGCCCAGAAGACCGGCUGUUCCUCCGCCACAGCCGCCAGUCACCAAGCCAUCGAUGAGGAAACAGUCGCACGAAGCCAUAUUGGAGACCACAACGGAGACCGGCCUGUCGCGGAAAUCCGCUCUGAACGACAGAUACUUCGAGAAAGAGAAACAACGCAGCCGCAGCUUGGACAACCUACUUCAACCGGAAGUUGUGUCACCGCCGGUGAAGCUAGCGAACCUCGGUUUGUCCUCGUCGAGAUUGAACGAACGGUAUCACAGCCUUGAGAGGAUCGGCGAGACGCCCGCGGUCAGUAACGUAGAGUACAUGACGAGAAACGAGAUCACGCAGGAGAGGAAGUACAGCAGAAUAACCAGAACAACAGAGCCGAACAUCGAGGAAGAGGAUCUAACGAUCGACUUCGAGUACCCUGAUAUUCAGUCGGUCAGCCAAACCGGCAGAUCCGAGGAUGAUAAGAGCAGUUACAUUCGAUCGCAGACCAGGUUCAUUAAAUCUCAGUAUCCCGGUAUGCCGACGACCAAAGUGCGAAAUUUUAACCAAACUAAAUUAAAUUUAGAACGUUUCUGUAAAAAAAAAAAUUACGAACAAUUAACACGUUCCGUGCCAUGUGUACCACCAUAUUUCUAA